UUACAUACUGAUCAAAUGAAUGAGGCAGUAAUGUAUCAUAGCAAAAGGGUUAGUUUUGAGGAUCCAUAUAAUUUAACAUUAGAGAUUGUUGAUAAUGGGCCAAUUGAAUUUGAUGGAGUAGUUUGCUGUCAUUGGUUUUGUGUUCUUUUACAGUCUGAAAAGGUCUAUUUUCAUAUUUCUCUUAUUUCAAGAUGUUGGUACAAAGAUGAAUUUAUAGACAUAGUGGUUGCUGAUAAGCUAUUUGUUAGAAACAAAUCAUUAGAAAAGAACAGUUCAACACCAUCCUUACCUUCUUUUCCGGAUGUUGCUGAUUCGUGGAAUAUCAUGCUUAUUGAACCUCCUGUACAAACUGCAGCAAAAAUUUUAAUGGAAACAUUUAAGGAAUGGAUACGCACCCAUGAGGAAGCACAAUGCGACAAACGAACUAUAGAAUCGGAACUGAAUGAUGAUCAAAUUGCAGAAAAUAAUCAAGAUACAGAGAGUGAUCAAGAUACAGAGAGUGAUCAAGAUACAAAGAAUGAUCAAGAUAUCAGAAUGACACAACUAGAUGUUCAGGAUCUAUUUAAAUAUAUUGGGAAAGGGCGCCCCUCCAAAAAGCAUAUAAAAUUAGCAAUUGAAAAACCAAAGAAACGUACACGUACUUCAUCCUGUGCUUCUCGUCAGUGUAGUAUUUGUAAAAACAAGAAACAUGAUAAGUGA